CACACGCUGAGACCUCGCCCGCUCCGAGGAGUCGCGUUUCAGCGGCGCGCAAACCGCACGCUCGCGCUGACACGCGAAGGACGGCGCGCGCUCAAAGGACGGGCAUUCAAAUGAAGAAAGCGUCGCCCCAUCGCAAUCGGAUCCCUUUCCGCUUUUCCCUCGCUUCCCUCGCAGUAAUAACGAACAGAUUGUGAGGGGAAAGCGCAGAGAGAGACGGAGAUCCGCGCUGCGGGACCCCGCGCGACUGCUCCGCUAUUCACGCGCGCCCCCGACGAUCGCGAUGGCCUCCCACGGCAGCACCCCGCCGCUGUCCUGGUACGGCGCGUGUCCGCCGGAGCUCGUGUUCGACAGGGCUAACUAUCUCAAUGAGAUGAGCUGCGGGGAGAGGAGCGCGCUCCUGCUCGGGAGAAUGUGCUGCGCAGAUGAAAGGGACAGAGUGCAGAAGAAGACCUUCACGAAAUGGGUCAACAAACACUUGAUGAAGCACUGGAGAGCUAAGGCCCAGCGCCAUGUGAGCGACCUGUACGAAGACCUGAGGGAUGGACACAACCUCAUCUCCCUGCUGGAGGUGCUCUCAGGGGAAACGCUGCCCCGGGAGAAAGGCCGCAUGCGCUUCCACAAACUGCAGAAUGUUCAGAUUGCGCUGGACUUCCUUAAACACCGACAGGUCAAGCUGGUGAACAUCAGGAACGAUGACAUCGCUGAUGGCAACCCGAAACUCACCCUCGGGCUCAUAUGGACCAUAAUCCUUCACUUCCAGAUUUCAGACAUCCAGGUGAACGGCCAGUCGGACGACAUGACGGCCAAGGAGAAGCUGCUCCUCUGGGCCCAGCGCAUGGUGGAGGGCUACCAGGGCUUGCGCUGCGACAACUUCACUACGAGCUGGAGGGAUGGCAAGCUCUUCAAUGCCGUCAUUCACAAGCACAGACCUGGACUCAUUGACAUGAACAAGGUGUACCGGCAGACCAAUGUGGAGAACCUGGAGCAGGCCUUCAGUGUGGCAGAGAGAGACCUGGGGGUCACGCGGCUGCUGGACCCCGAGGAUGUGGAUGUGCCGCAUCCCGAUGAGAAGUCGAUCAUCACCUAUGUGUCGUCCCUCUAUGACGUGAUGCCCAGGGUGCCCGACAUCCAGGAUGGCGUCAAAGCCAACGAGUUGGAGCUGCGUUGGCAGGAGUACUACGAGCUGGUUACCCUGCUGCUCCAGUGGAUGCGCCACUACGUCGCCGUUUACAACGAAAGGAAGUUUCCCACCAACUACGAAGAGAUCGAGGUUCUUUGGCGCCAGUUCUUGAAGUUCAAAGAGACUGAACUCCCAGCAAAGGAGGCUGACAAGAAUCGCUCCAAACACAUCUACAAGUCCUUCGAGGGGGCAGUCCAGGCAGGCCAGGUCAAGGUGCCCCCGGGAUACCACCCCCUAGAUGUGGAGAAGGAAUGGGGCCUCCUGCAUGUAGCCAUCUUGGAGAGAGAGCGGCUACUCAGGGCUGAGUUUGAGAGGCUCGAGCGCCUGCAGAGGAUCGUCAGCAAGGUCCAGAUGGAGUCUGGGGUGUGUGAGGAGCAGCUGAACCAGGUGGAGACCCUGCUGCAGGCGGACAUCCGACUGCUGAAUGCAGGUAAACCAGCCCAGCACACGUCUGAGGUGGAGAAAGACCUGGAAAAGGCGGAAGGGAUGAUCCGACUGCUUUUUAAUGACGUGCAGUUACUGAAGGACGGGCGCCACCUGCAGGCUGAGCAAAUGUAUCGGAGGGUCUACCGUCUGCAUGAGCGGCUUGUUAACCUGCGUAGCGAGUACAACCUGCGUUUGAAGUCGGGCGUGACCGCCACUCAGAUCCCCAUAGUCCAAACUUUCCAGCAGUCCACUGCCAGGGCGAGGCCCGACCUGGACGAUGUGACGCUGCGCUAUAUCCAAGAGCUGCUGGCCUGGGUGGAGGAGAACCAGCGGCGUGUGGAUGGGGCCGAGUGGGGCUCCGAUCUGCCCUCUGUGGAGUCCCAGCUGGGCAGCCACCGCGGUCUACACCAGUCCAUUGAGGACUUCCGCUCCAAGAUUGACCGGGCUCGUGCUGAUGAGAGCCAGCUCUCCCCAGCGAGCAAGGCUGCUUACAGGGAGCACCUUGGCAAGUUGGAACUGCAGUACAACAAGCUGAUGAAUUCCUCCAAGGCCCGUCUUCGAAACUUGGACCAGCUGCUGGCCUUUGUCAGCGCUGCCACAAAGGAGCUCAUGUGGCUGAACGAGAAGGAGGAGGAAGAAGUGAACUACGACUGGAGCGAGCGCAACACCAACAUGACUGCCAAGAAGGAUAACUACUCGGGCCUGAUGCGAGAGCUGGAGCUGCGGGAGAAGAAGGUGAACAGCGUCCAGGCCACUGGGGACAAGCUUCUGAAGGAGGGCCACCCGGGGAGGAAGACCAUAGAGGCGUUCGUCGCAGCCCUACAGACCCAGUGGAGCUGGAUUCUCCAGCUGUGCUGCUGCAUUGAAGCCCAUCUGAAGGAGAACACGGCCUACUUCCAGUUCUUCUCAGAUGUGAAGGAGGCAGAUGAGAAAAUGAAGAAGAUGUCAGAAAGCAUGAGGAAGAAGUACACCUGUGACCGCUCCAUCACCGUCACACGGUUGGAGGACUUGCUGCAGGACUCUGAGGAAGAAAAGGAGCAGCUCAACGAGUUCAAGACCCUUGUGGCAGGACUGAAAAACCGAGCAAAGACCAUCAUCCAGCUGAAGCCACGCAACCCUGCCACACCAGUCAAAGGCCAACUGCCCAUCCAGGCUGUGUGCGACUUCAAACAGAUGGAGAUCACGGUUCACAGGGGUGACGAAUGUGUGCUGAAGGACAACUCGCAGCCCUACAAGUGGAAGGUGCACAACAGCUCUGGAGAUGAGGCCUUUGUGCCGUCCAUUUGUUUCUUCAUCCCCCCAACAAACGCCGAGGCUGUGGACGGUGUUUCUGGCCUUGGCUCCUCUGUGCAGAAGCUCAUGGUCCUUUGGCAGCGGCUGCAUAUCGACAUGAAGAGCCUGCUCUCCUGGCAGUACCUGAUGAGGGACAUCCAGCAGAUCCACUCCUGGAAUAUGAUCAUGUUCAAGGCCCUGAAAGUGGAGGAGUACAAGCAGGUCCUGCGCAACCUGGAGCUGCACUACCAGGACUUCCUGCGGGACAGCCAGGACUCGCAGCUGUUCGGGGCUGACGACCGCAUGCAGGUGGAGAGCAGCUACAAGAAGGCCUCGCACCACUACGACACCCUGCUGCGCUCCGUGGAGAAAGUGUAUCUGGUCAGACUCCAGGGGGAACAAGAUGAGUCUGUGUGCCGGAGCUACAUCAGCCGGCUGAAGGACCUGCGGCUACAGCUGGAGGGUUGUGAGGCUCGUACCGUGAGCCGAAUCCGGCAGCCUGUGGACAGGGAGCCGCUGAGGGACUGUGCCCAGCGCACCUCCGAGCAGAAGAAAGUUCAAAGUGAGCUGGAAGACAUCAAGAAGAACCUGGAAAAGAUGGCGGAGAAGACCGAGGCGGUCCUGGCAUCCUCGACGCAGUCCAGCUCGGCUCCCAUCCUCCGCUCGGAGUUGGACGUUACCCUGAAGAAGAUGGACCACGUCUACAGCCUGUCCUCGGUGUAUCUGGACAAGCUGAAGACUAUCGACAUGGUGAUUCGCAACACGCAGGGGGCAGAGGAGGCCCUGAAGAAGUUUGAGGACUGCCUGCGGGAGGUCAACAAGGUGCCCAACAGCGCUGAGGAGGUGGAGGCCUACAGUACCGAACUCCAGAAAAUGCGUGGCGAGGCAGAGGCCCAGCAGCCGCUGUUCAGCCACCUGGAAGACGAGCUGCGCAAGGCGACAGCGGUCAACGAGCGCAUGUCACGCGUGCACAGCGAGCGCGACCCCGAGCUUGACCGCCACAGGCAGCUCGCCGGCAGUCUGCGGGAACGCUGGCAGGCCGUCUUCACCCAGAUCGACCUUCGCCGGCACGAGCUGGAGCAGCUGGGACGCGCGCUGCGCUCCUACCGCCAGACCUACGAUGGCCUCAUCCGCUGGAUCGCCGACGCCAGGCGGCGACAGGAGAAGAUCCAGGCCGUGCCCAUAGGGGACAGCAAGACCCUGAGGGAACAGCUGGAGCAGGAGAAGAAACUCUUGGAAGAAAUUGAGAAAAAGGAAGGAAAAGUGGAUGAGUGUCAGAAAUAUGCAAAGGCUUACAUUGACGCCAUUAAGGAUUAUGAGCUUCAGCUUGUAACAUACAAAGCCCUAGCUGAGCCCUUAGCUUCUCCCAUGAAGAAAACCAAAAUGGAAUCGGCCGCCGACAACAUCAUCCAGGAGUACGUUACACUGAGGACUCGCUACAGUGAGCUGAUGACUUUGACCAGUCAAUAUAUCAAAUUCAUUAAUGAUACACAGCGCCGCCUGGAGGAGGAAGAGAAAGCUACCGAGAAACUUAAAGAGGAAGAGAGGAAAAAAAUUGCCGACAUGCAAGCCGAGUUAGAGAAACAGAGGCAGUUAGCCGAGGCACACGCGAAAGCCAUCGCUAAAGCAGAAAAAGAGGCUGAGGAGCUGAAGCUCAGGAUGAAGGAGGAGGUCAGCAAGCGUGAGAUUGUGGCUGUGGAUGCGGAGAAGCAGAAACAAAACAUCCAGCAAGAGCUUCAUGAGCUUAAAAACCUUUCAGAGCAACAGAUUAAGUCCAAGAGUCAGCAAGUGGAGGAAGUCCUGCAGAGUCGUACCAAAGUGGAAGAGGAGAUUCAUAUAAUCAGGAUCCAGCUAGAGACAACAAUGAAGCAGAAGUCCACAGCUGAAGCUGAGCUAAAGGAGCUGAGAGGGCGAGCCGCAGAAGCUGAACGCCUGAGGAAAGCCGUCCAGGAAGAGGCCGAGAAGCUGCGCAAGCAGGUGAAUGAGGAGUCCCAGAAGAAGCGCAGUGCAGAGGAAGAACUGAAGCGUAAAACUGAAGCAGAGAAGCAGGCUGCCCAACAGAAGCAAAAGGCCCUAGAGGACCUGGAGAAGUUUAAGCUACAAGCUGAGGAGGCCGAGAGACGGAUGAAACAAGCUGAAGUAGAAAAAGACAGGCAAAUCCAAGUCGCUCAUGAGGUGGCACAAAAAAGUACAGCUGCUGAACUGCAGUCCAAACGUGUGUCAUAUGCAGAGAAGACUACACAGUUGGAGGAGUCUCUGAAGCAGCAGCACACCACCGUGAAGCAGCUCCAAGAAGAAGCAGAGCGCCUCAAGAAACAACAGGCAGAAGCAGACAAAAGUAGAGAGGAUGCCGAAAAGGAGCUGGAAAAGUGGAGACAGAAAGCAAAUGAAGCACUUCGCCUGAGACUCCAAGCUGAGGAGGAGGCGCUCAAGAAGACCCGAGCUCAGGAAGAAGCAGAGAGGCAAAAAGAGGAAGCUGAGCGAGAGGCAAAAAAGAGGGCUAAAGCUGAGGAGACUGCCCUGAAGCAGAAGGAGAUGGCAGAGAAAGAGCUGGAGAAACAAAGGAAAAUGGCAGAAGACACAGCCCAGCAGAAGCUUUCUGCAGAGCAGGAACUAAUCCGUCUGAGGGCUGACUUUGAACAUGCACAGCAGCAGAGGAGUCUAUUGGAUGCAGAGCUCAACCGUUUAAAAAAUGACGUUAAUGCUGCUGUUCAACAGAAAAAACAGCUGGAAGAUGAGUUGGCAAAAGUGAGGAGUGAAAUGGACGUCCUUCUCCAGCACAAGACAAAAGCAGAGCAAGACACCAUGUCUAACACUGAAAAGAGCAAGCAACUUCUCGAAGCUGAGGUAGCAAAGAUGAAGACACUUGCAGAUGAAGCAGCAAAGUUGCGAUCGAUUGCGGAGGAAGCAAAGAAACAGCGGCAAAUUGCCGAAGAGGAAGCAGCUUGCCAAAGGGCAGAAGCUGAGAGAAUCCUCAAGGAGAAGCUGGCAGCCAUUAAUGAGGCAACUAGGUUGAAAACUGAAGCACAGAUUGCUCUCAAGGAGAAGGAGGCAGAAAAUGAGAGGCUGAGAAGACAAGCAGAAGAUGAAGCAUAUCAGAGGAAGGUGCUUGAAGACCAAGCCGCACAACACAAGAAAGACAUUGAAGACAAAAUCACUCAACUGAAGAAAACAUCAGACUCUGAACUGGAAAGACAGAGGAAAAUUGUGGAAGAAACUCUGAGACAGAGGACUGUCAUUGAAGAGGAGAUUCGCAUCCUAAAACUGAACUUUGAGAAAGCAUCAGCUGACAAGAAGGGCCUUGAGCUGGAACUGACCACAUUGAAAACCACUGCAGAAGAGAGUUUGCACAGCAAAGUUCAGGCGGAAGAAGAGGCAGAAAAACUGCGCAAGCUGGCACUGGAGGAGGAAAGUAGGAGGAAGGAAGCUGAGGAAAAAGUGAAAAAUAUAGCCGCUGCUGAGGAAGAGGUUGCCAGUCAGCGAAAGGCUGCACAGAAGGAAGUUGAACGCCUUAAGAAAAAAGCCACUGAGGCUAACAAACAGAAGGAGGAUGCUGACAAGGAAGCGGAGAAACAAAUCCUUCUCGCCAAAGAAGCAGCACAAAAGUGCCUUGCAGCAGAGCAGAAAGUACAACAUGUCCUUGUCCAGCAGAAGGAGGACAAACUUAUGCAGGACAAGCUGCAGGAAGAGUUUGAGAAGGCAAAGAAACUUGCUGAAGAAGCAGAAAAGGCAAAAGAGAAGGCAGAAAAAGAGGCUGCUCUCCUUCGUCAACAAGCAGAAGAUGCUGAGCGACAGAAGCAGGCUGCCGAAAAGGAGGCUGCCAAGCAAGCCAAAGCUCAGGAAGAUGCUGAAAGACUAAGAAAGGAGGCAGAACUUGAGGCCUCCAAGCGAGCAGAGGCCGAGGCAGCUGCUUUGCAACAGAAGCAACAAGCUGAUGCUGAAAUGGCAAAACAGAAAAAACUUGCUGAGAAAACACUUAAGCAGAAGUCUCAAGUUGAGAAGGAAUUGUCCAAGGUAAAAUUACAGCUGGAAGAGACAGAUAAGCAGAAAGGUGUUCUCGAUGAUGAGCUGAAGCGUCUCAAGGAUGAGGUCAGCGAUGCAGUCAAGCAGAAAGCCCAGGUAGAAGAUGAGCUCUUUAAAGUCAAGGUCCAGAUGGAAGAGCUGAUCAAACUUAAGCUCCAAAUUGAAGAAGAGAACAAGAGAUUGAUCAAGAAGGACAAAGACAGUAGUCAGAAGCUUUUGGAAGAGGAAGCUGAGAAAAUGAAAAAGCUGGCAGAAGAUGCUGCCCGACUCAGUGUAGAAGCUCAGGAGGCUGCUCGGAUGAGGCAGAUUGCGGAAUCUGACCUGGCUCAGCAGAGGAUCCUUGCUGAGAAAACCCUCAAGGAGAAAAUGCAAGUAAUACAAGAGGCAACUAAAUUGAAAGAAGAGGCAGAGGAGCUUCAGAAACAGAAGGACUUGGCUCAAGAGCAAGCUCAGAAGUUGCUCCAGGACAAGCAGCAGAUGGAGAGGCGCUUAGAAGAGGAGAUGGAAGGUUUUCAGAAGUCCUUAGAGGUAGAGCGCUUGAGGCAACAGGAGAUUACAGCUGAAGCAGAGAAACUGAAGCUCAGAGUUUCUCAGCUCAGUGAUGCCCAGUCUAAAGCUGAAGAGGAAGCCCAGAAAUUUAAGGAACAGGCAAACAGCAUCAGUGCUCGUCUUCUUGAAACAGAGAAAGCAACAGCUGAAAAAUUCACAGCGAUGGAGCAGUUAGAAGCUCAGAGGUUACACAGCAAUAAAGAAGCAGAUGAGUUACGGAAAGCUAUUGCGAAUCUUGAAAAUGAAAAGGAGAAACUCAAAAAGGAGGCAGCAGAACUGCAAAAUAAGUCUAAAGAGAUGGCCACUGCUCAAGAGGAACAAAUUAAACAAGAAAAGAAUGUCCUUCAGCAGGUCUUCUUAACAGAAAAAGAAAUGCUUCUGAAAAAAGAAAAGCUUAUUGAGGAAGAGAAAAAUAAACUGGAGAAACAGUAUGAUGAAGAGGCUAAGAAGGCUAAAGCUCUUAAAGAUGAACAAGAACGUUUAAGGAAGCAAAUGGAGGAGGAGAAGAAACAACUGCAGGCUGCUAUGGAUGCUGCUCUGAAGAAGCAAAAGGAGGCAGAGGAGAAGAUGUGUAGUAAGCAGAAGGAGAUGCAAGAACUUGAAAAGAAGAAACUUGAGCAGGAGAAACUGCUGGCUGAGGAGAACAAAAAGCUGCGUGACAAGCUGGAGCAGCUCCAAGUCCCUCAAAAAUCAGCAGCAUCACAUACCAGAGAGAUUGAGAUUCAGACUGACGUGGUUCCUGAGGAUGAACUAAUUGCAAUGACAAUGGUGGAAACCACAAAGUCUGUCUUUAAUGGUUCUGGGUCUGUACCUGAGAGCGCAAAGAGAAAUGAAGAAUCACCCCUAGCAUUUGAUGGCAUUCGUGAGAAAGUCCCAGCACGAAGGCUGCAUGAAAUUGGCCUGUUGACCAAAAAAGAGUUUGACAAGUUGAAGAAAGGAAAAGCAACAGUGCAAGACCUUAGUAAGUCUGAGAAACUGAAGACAUGUCUGAAAGGGAAAGACAGCAUUGGUGGAGUCUUAAUUCAGCCUGAUCAAAAAAUGAGCGUUUACGAGGCUAUGAAAGAGAAAAAGAUUGCACCUGGCACUGCCAUGGUGCUUCUGGAAGCUCAGGCUGCCUGUGGCUUCAUCGUAGACCCUAUUAAAAACAGGAAACUUUCUGUUGAUGAAGCUGUAAGGGAGGGCCUAGUUGGUCCUGAACUGCACAAUAAAUUGCUUUCAGCAGAAAGGGCAGUCACAGGAUACAAAGAUCCUUACACAGGUAGCAAAGUAUCACUCUUUGAAGCAAUGAAAAAAGGAUUAAUUGGACAUGAUCAAGCUGUUCGAUUGCUUGAAGCUCAGAUUGCCACUGGUGGAAUCAUAGAUCCAGUGAACAGUCACAGAGUUUCUGCUGAGAUGGCCUACAAGCAAGGGCAAUUUGAUGCAGAGAUGAACAAAAUUCUGUCAGAUCCUACUGAUGACACAAAAGGGUUCUUUGAUCCAAACACUCAGGAAAACCUGACAUAUUCACAGCUGAUUCAAAGAUGCAGCAAAGAUCCUGAAACUGGGUUACUUCUCCUGCCUAUUACAGAGAAGGCAGCACAAAGUGAAAGAACAUACACAGAUGAAGAAACUCGGGAUGUGUUCAGCAAAGCUACAGUUUCUGUUCCAUUUGGAAGAUUCAAGGGGAAAACUGUCACAAUCUGGGAAAUCAUCAACUCUGAGUACUUCACAGAGGAGCAAAGAAGGGAUCUAAUUCGACAGUACAAGACAGGAAAAAUCACAGUGGAGAAAAUCAUUAAAAUUGUUAUUACUGUAGUGGAGGACAAAGAGAAAAAGCCUGAAAUUGCUUUUAAUGGUCUUAGGACUCUUGUCCCAGCCACAGAGCUCCUGGACACAAAGAUUAUUAACAAAGACAUAUACAACAAGUUGAACAAUGGCACAAUGUCUGUUAAACAGGUAUCUGAUAUUGAGAAUGUUAAGGAUGCUUUGAAAGGUAAAAACAGUAUAGCUGGAGUAAUUGUUGAGUCAACAAAUGAGAAAAUUCCUUUCUAUCAAGCCAUGAAAAAAGGCUUACUGAAAGCAGAACCUGCAUUAAAUCUUCUAGAAGCUCAAGCUGGAUCUGGGUUUAUGAUUGACCCAGUCACAAAUCAGAAGUUCACUGUUGAUGAGGCUGUCAAAUCAGGUCUUGUGGGUCCUGAGUUGCAUGAAAAGCUCCUGUCUGCUGAAAGAGCAGUUACUGGAUACAAAGAUCCCUACACAGGAAGGACUGUUUCCUUGUUUGAAGCUAUGAAAAAGGACCUGAUAAACAAAGACCAGGGCAUUCGUCUCCUUGAGGCUCAGUUAGCCACUGGGGGAAUCAUUGACCCAGUAAAGAGUUAUCACAUCCCACAUGAUGUGGCCUACAGACGGGGCUAUUUUGAUGAUGAAAUGAACAAAUUCUUGAGCGCUCCAACUGAUCACACCAAAGUUUUUUAUGAUCCUAAUAACCAGGAGCAUGUGUCAUACUUAGAACUCCAGAACAGAUGCAUUACUGAUAAACAGACUGGUCUGCAACUGCUGCCACUUUCAGACGAAGCCAUCAAGUCAAAAGAGGAGCGUACAUAUUCUGAUAUGGAGACUGAAGAGGUUCUGAAUCAGGCAACAGUGGAGUUGCACUCGGGGCCGUUCAAAGGAAGAAAAGUAACUAUCUGGGAGAUCAUAAACUCAGAAUACAUAACAGAGGAGCAAAGAAUUGACCUGAUCAGACAGUACAGAACUGGUAAAGUUACUAUUGAAAAGAUCAUUAAGAUCGUUAUUACUAUUAUCGAGGAAAAAGAGAGCAAGAAACAAGCAGAGCCUACAUUUGAAGGACUUAGAGCUCCUGUCUCUGCCAUCUCACUACUUGAGUCUAAAAUCAUUGACAAAGAUACCUUUGAUCUGCUGCAGACAGGUAAAAAGACACUGAAAGAAAUCAGUGAGAGUGACUCAGUGAAGAAGUACUUGAAGGGGGAAGACAGCAUUGCAGGCAUAUAUGUUGAGCCAACAAAAGAAAAGAUCAGCAUUUACCAAGCCAUUAAGAAAAACCUGCUAAGACAAAGCACAGGCCUUGCACUGCUGGAAGCUCAGGCAGCAACUGGUUUCAUCCUUGAUCCAGCUAAUAACCUGCGACUGACUGUUGAUGAUGCUGUUAAGUCUGGUGUUGUUGGUCCUGAGCUACAUGAAAAGCUUUUAUCUGCUGAAAAAGCAGUGACUGGUUAUCGAGACCCUUACACAGGUAACAAAAUCUCCCUAUACCAAGCAAUGCAGAAAGAUCUUGUUCUGAAAGAGCAUGCCAUUCCACUCUUAGAGGCUCAGAUGGCCACUGGAGGUAUCAUUGACCCUGUAAAAAGCCAUCGAUUGCCCUCUGGUGUUGCCUGUCAACGUGGAUAUAUAAGCAAAAAGAUGGCCAGCACCCUGUCUGAUUCCAAAGCAUUUGCUGAUCCCAACACAAAUGAGACUUUGACCUACAAACAAUUGAAAGAAAGGUCCAUGAGAGAUCCUGAAACAGGCAUGUGCUUCUUAUCUCUUUCAAAGAGUGAGGCUCCUGAUACAGUGGAAGAGACCUACCAGUGCAGUGAAGAACAAGCCCAGAAAGAUUUAGCAAGUACUGAAAUUGACAUACCUCAUGGAGUCCUUGCUGGAAAGUCCAUGUCUCUUUGGGAAGUAAUGAAUUCAGAUUUGGUUUCCAUGGAGGACAGAAAAAAGCUCCUUGAAGAAUACCGCUCAGGAAGAAUUACAAGGGAACGGAUGAUGAUAAUCAUCAUUGAAAUCAUUGAGCAAAGAGAAAUUGUCAAGAGUGAACAUGCUAUAUCAUGUGAUGUCAUUAGGAAACGAGUUACUAUUGAAGAGCUCUACAGUGCCCGCAUAAUUGAUCUAGAAACAUACAACCAGCUCAAACAGGGGAAGAAGGCUAUUCGUGAGAUCAUGGAGAUGGAGACUGUGAAGCGGUACUUGUUUGGCACAGGAAGUAUUGCUGGUGUGCAAUCUGAUUUCACUAAGAUCAGCAUUUAUCAGGCUAUGAAGAGAGGUUUAAUGAAGCCAGAUAUUGCAAUCAGCCUUUUGGAGGCCCAGGCUGCAACUGGAUUUAUCAUUGAUCCUGUUAAAGAUCAAAUGCUAACAGUAGAUGAGGCUGUCCGUAAGGGUGUUGUCGGUCCAGAGUUACAUGAUAAACUUCUUUCAGCUGAGCGAGCCGUCACUGGCUAUAGGGAUCCUUACAGUGGGAAAAAAAUUUCUCUCUUCCAAGCUAUGAAAAAAGACCUCAUCCCAGAGGAUUAUGCUCUGAGGCUUCUGGAGGCACAGUCUGCUACUGGUGGUUUUAUGGACCCUGAGUACAAUUUUCACCUCCCAACUGAUAUUGCCAUGCAGCGUGGAUACAUCAACAAAGAGACAAAUGAAAGGAUUUCUGAUCCAAAUAGCGACAUCAAAGAAUACAUUGACCCACUCACAGAUGAACCUGUGUCUUAUGCUCAGCUGCUUAUGAGAUGCAAAGUUGACAGAGACGGUGGUUUUUACCUGUUGUCUUUGGCAGACAGAAGGCUCAUGUUCAAAGGUCUAAGAAAGCAAAUUACUUUGGAUGAACUAUUACGUUCUCAGGUUAUAGACCAGGAGACUGCCAAUCAGCUCAAUGAAGGUCUUGUCACUGUAGAAGAAGUCAGCAAACGACUUCAGAAGUACCUUGAAGGUACAAGCUGUAUUGCUGGUGUGUUUGUAGAGUCCAGCAAAGAGCGCCUGUCAAUCUACCAAGCCAUGAAAAAGAACAUGAUCAGACCAGGGACUGCUUUCGAACUCCUUGAGGCUCAGGCUGCCACAGGGUAUGUAACUGAUCCAAUAAAGAAUCAGAAGCUUACAGUAAAUGAUGCUGUUAAAUCAGGAAUUGUGGGCCCUGAGUUCAAAGAUAAGCUUCUGUCUGCUGAGCGUGCUGUAACGGGCUACAGAGAUCCCUAUUCUGGGAAAACUAUGUCUCUAUUCCAAGCUAUGAAAAAGAAUCUUAUUUUGAAAGAUCAUGGGAUUCGCCUGUUGGAAGCCCAGAUUGCCACUGGUGGAAUUAUUGAUCCAGAGGAAAGUCACCGCUUGCCUGUAGAAGUAGCUUACAAGCGUGGUCUUUUUGACGAAGAAAUGAAUAGCAUUCUUACUGACCCAUCUGAUGACACCAAAGGUUUCUUUGACCCAAACACUGAGGAGAAUCUGACCUAUCUUCAGCUGAUGGAAAGAUGCAUUAUUGACCCAGAAACUGGACUUGCACUUUUGCUUCUGAAGGAGAAGAAGCGGGAGAGGAAAACGUCCUCCAAGUCCUCUGUUCGCAAACGCAGAGUAGUCAUAGUGGAUCCAGAGACGGGCAAAGAAAUGUCUGUUUAUGAAGCGUACAGCAAAGGGCUUAUUGAUCAUCAAACAUAUAAUGAGCUAGCAGAGCAGGAAUGUGAAUGGGAAGAAAUCACCAUCUCAUCCUCUGAUGGAGUUGUGAAAUCCAUGAUCAUUGACCGUAGGUCUGGACGACAGUAUGACAUUGAUGAUGCCAUCUCACGAGGACUCAUUGACAAGUCGGCACUUGAUCAAUAUCGGGCUGGCACUUUAUCCAUCACAGAAUUUGCUGACAUGUUGUCUGGGAACAUGAGUGGCUCCCGUUCCCGGUCCUCAUCUUUUGGGUCCACUUCAUCAUACCCAAUGAGCCCUGCCUCUUCCAUUAGAACUCCUGCAACUACUUGGAAUGACCCAACAGAAGAAACAGGCCCCAUUGCCGGAAUCUUGGAUACAGACACUUUGGAAAAGGUAUCUGUUACUGAAGCCAUGCAUCGAAAUCUUGUUGACAACAUAACUGGUCAAAGACUGCUGGAAGCCCAGGCCUGUACAGGUGGCAUCAUUGACCCCAGCACUGGGGAGAAGUUCUCAGUUGCUGAUGCUGUGAACAAAGGACUUGUGGAUAAAAUAAUGGUUGACCGCAUAAAUCUUGCCCAGAAAGCCUUCAAUGGAUUUGAAGAUCCCAGAACGAAAUCAAAGAUGUCUGCUGCUCAAGCUUUGAAAAAGGGCUGGCUUUACUAUGAAGCUGGUCAGCGCUUCCUGGAGGUGCAGUACCUUACUGGUGGAUUGAUUGAACCAGAUGUGGCUGGCAGAGUCUCACUGGAUGAUGCUAUCAAGAAAGGUACCCUUGAUCCACGCACUGCGCAGAAACUAAGAGAUGUAAGCGCUUACUCCAAGUACCUGACCUGUCCCAAAACAAAGCUAAAAAUAUCCUACAAAGAUGCAAUGGAAAGAAGCAUGAUUGAGGAAGGCUCUGGUUUGCGUCUGCUGGAGGCCUCUUCACAGUCAAGCAAAGGAUUGUACAGCCCCUACAGUAUCAGUGGUUCAGGGUCAGCUUCCGGAUCCCGCUCUGGAUCCAGGACUGGCUCCAGGUCAGGCUCCAGACGGGGCAGUUUUGAUGCAACGGGUUCUGGAUUUUCCAUGAACUUCUCUUCCCCUUACAGCUCUGCUAGCUAUGGCCGGCGAUAUGAUGCUGGACCACACAGUGGCAUAAACCUGAAUGAGUUAACAAAAAUUCCUCUGUUACUUGCAAACAGCUGGACCUGCAGUUCUGAAGAACAAGGAACACUAAUCCCAGUAUUACCACAUUACUUAUCAGUUGCAUAAUUUUUUUUAAUUAACAUAUUUAUUCUGCUCUGCAUAUGGUUCAAUUUGAUCAUCGCAGUUCUGUUUAAAUCUCAUAUUAUUUCCGGCUUUAAAUCCAUACACAACAUAUACUUUAUGUAGGUCAACUAUUCAGUGUUGAAGCAUACCUGUCUUGCCUUAUUUUUUUAUACUGUGGAAUAAAUUAAAAUAACAAUUUAUAUAAUUGCA